AUGAGCCGAUUCUGGUCGACGAGCCUGCGCGAUGAGGUCGCGCCGCUGCUGCGGCUCGCGCUGCCGAUCUUCGUGUCGCUCAUGAGCUUCUUCGCGCUCUCAAUGACGGAGCUCAUUGUCGCCGGCCAUCUCGGCACGACCGAGUUCACGGCGGUUGCGUACGCGCAGCUCGUGCUCGACUUCACCCUGAUCAUCUUCACGCAAGGCUUCAACAAGGGCCUCGACGCGCUCGCGUCACAGGCGUUCGGCGCCAAGAACUUUGCGCUCAUCGGGCGCUACACGCAAACGUGCUGCCUCUGCUUGACCUUGGCCUGCGUCCCGAUCGCGUGCAUCUGGUGGGUCUGCGCCGACGCCCUCCACGUCGUGAAGGGCGUCGACCCGAGAAGCAUCGAGCUCGCGCGCCUCUACGCACGCGUCUCGAUCCUCUGGCUCUGGCCGCGGCUCAUGUUCCAGGCCGCGACCGUCUUUUUCCAAGCGCAGCAGAUCGUCUUACCCUCGGCCGUGUGCUCGCUCGCAGCGGUGCUCUUCAACGCGCUGCUUAGCGUCUUCUUG